AUGGGUGAAAGUGGGAGUUUCGAUAUCGCAGAAUACUGCGCAUGGCAGGAACUAGGAUACACAUGGGCACGUUCAAUCGAUACGAAAGACUGGAGCAAUUUGGGCACAAUCUUUACUCCUAACUUCAUGUUCGAUUACACCGAAGUCUAUGGAUUCAAGGAAGAAAACAUGUCACCUACUGACUACGUCGCCUUGAUCCAAGGCUCGCUUAGUGAUCCAGAAACUGCGACACAGCAUCUCCUCGCCUCGUCCAAGGUACGAAAGCUGUCAGCUACCACAGCGACCGUCGAGUAUCAGAUCCGAGCGGCACACAUGAGAAUAACCAAAAAUCCCCGGAAAGAAGUUGCCAAGGGUCAUGCCCAUGGGAUCUUACAAUUUUUCUACCGAAAGCUGGACACCGGCUGGAAAAUUUCUGGCAUGAGGGCUACCACCGUCAAGAUCACCGGGGCAAGGAGUGAAUUCUCCCCGCCCCGAGUAUGGCGGGGUCUCCGUGUCGCGGUUUCACUAAAAUGCUACAAAAUGCCCCUUCAUGAGGACCCUGAAUUUAUAUACUGGACAAAGGACGGAAAGCACAACUUUUUGCCAUCACAUAAUAUUCUUCUGGAAGACAAAGUCUACGUUAUUGUCAUGGCAGCACCCGACAUCCAAUUAUCACCAUCCGAAUACGGUGUACAACAUAUUACCGACCUCGAUGCCCCAUCAGCGCAAAAGGUCACGGCGCUGCUCAAAGAGAAUCACGAAAAGUUUCACACAUACUGGAACUUCAAAGGCUAUCACAACCAUCAAACCCACUACCUGCUGACGGCCUACGCGCUGGGUGCCAGCCCAGAUAAGCUGCAGAAUGCUUUUGACACCAAUGCUCAUUAUCAACGGCCACUGGCGAGGGCCGAUGAACAACGAGUUCAAAAGCUCUACGAUGAUGACUAUUUCCUCUCGCUGAUGAGCAAUGAGGACUAUUAUGCCGACUAUCUCGAGUUUUUCACACGCAAGUUUCACGAGGAAGGCUGGCAGACGGUGGUGCAUCGCUACAUGCUCUCGAAGACAAAGCUAGCUGAUGAAAUGUUGGUAAGACUUUUUGCUGGUCUUGUCCACCCACUCAUCCAUUUUGGAUUUGGCGUCGAAUUUGAACAGCCAGGCAUCAUCGCCGAAGCCAUGGCUCAAACAGCGGUGCAUCUCCGUUGCUUCGCCCCAUAUCUGUUGGGAAGUGAGAAGCUGGCGUCAGGAACGCAGAGCAAGCCGCUCAUCAACAUCUUCCAGGAGAUCCGACAAGACCCUUCUCUGUACGACUUGUCUUACUGGGACGGUGGAUCAACUCUUGACGACAACGUCUUGGGCAACGCUCCACCGCGAUUGACCGAAUUGGCCGCACAAUGGCAAGUCAGCCCAAACGAGCAUGACCUCGACCAGGCGACGGCAGAAAUGAUAAACGUGAAUGCCUGGGUGACAGCGUGCGCGCAACGUCCGCCUAAGGAAGUCAAACUGGACUUCUUCCUGAUCCACCAGGUCAACGCGGCUAUCUUUUUCUCCGCCUUCAACAAGCAGUCCUGGCUGACCGUGGAGGACAAGGUACGGCUGGUAGAAUGGAAAGGCCGGCUCGACUUGAUCACCUACGCCUCACGCAUCGCUCCCGAGUUACACGAGAACGAGCUGGCUGACUACAAACCACGAGUACCCGACCAAGCCUCCUGGAGCGCUCUGGUGAGCCGUGCCAACAGGAUCGAAGACGACGGGCACAUCUCAAAGCUCCUGCGGGCGCUGGCGCAUGGUCAAGCCAUCUCUGGUCCAUACGAGAAUCAGCCGGGGCUCAGUCAUCGGUUUCCACUGAAGGGCGACGGUUGGCUCACGCUGGCCAACAUGGCCGUCGAUACUACAGAUUCGGUACCUUACCUGGAUCGAUGGGUCCGAGGGGCAGGUGCCGAUCUACCCUGGGAUAAGUUUGUGAACCGAGGAGAACGGGUCGAUGAUGGGAAGAGAUAUGGGCUGAAAGGGGUCCUACAAGCUUGA